AUGAAGUUCCUCACUGUUGCCGCCGUCUUCUUCACCGCUGUCCUCGCCGCCCCAGGCAACUACCCCCCUCCUCCUCCUCCUACCUAUGCCCCUCCUCCUCCUAGCUAUACCCUGCCUGCAGGUGGCAAUGGCAAUGGCAACGGUAAUGGUAACGGCAACGGUCAUGGUAACGGUAAUGGCAACGGCAAUGGCAACACCAACACCGGCGGCGGCGCGGUAUGCCCUGCGGGCCUCUAUAGCAACCCCCAAUGCUGCUCUACCCUCGUUCUUGGCAUCGUCGGACUCGACUGUAGCACUCCUACCUCUGUCCAAAGUCCCUCCGCUUUCAAAGGUGCCUGUGCUACUACAGGCAAGCAGGCAGUUUGCUGUGUUCUCCCCGUUGCCGGCCAAGACCUCCUUUGCCAAGGUGUCCCUGGCGCCAAUUAA